AUGGUAUCGGUCCCCUCCGCCAGCGUGUCGAACGGAUCCAUCACCACGAUCAGCACCAAUGCACAUGCCAAAGAUUCUCCCGCCAUGACCAUGCCUUCAGCUUCCAUCGCAAACGGGGCCAAGUCAAAAGCGGCGCAGGUCAACGGGAAUGGCUAUCACCCGCCAAAACCUCAAGUGCCGCUGAGCUCCAUGAAGAGCGCGCCUCUCGACCUGUCGUCAGUUGAGCGCCGCGGGCAACCUACCAUGUGCAAGGAGCCCCUCAAGAAGAAGAACAGGCCACACGGGCUGCAGGAAGCGCCGACGUACCAGCCAACGGAGGAGGAAUGGAAAGAACCUUUCGAGUACAUUAGGAAAAUCUCAAAAGAGGCGAGAGAAUACGGUCUCUGCAAAAUCAUUCCGCCAGACUCUUGGAACCCCGAAUUCGCCAUCAAUACAGAGAAAUUUCAUUUUCGAACGCGGAAACAGGAGCUCAAUUCUGUUGAAGGCAGCACUCGUGCGAAUCUCACCUACCUGGACGCGCUCCAGAAAUUCCACAAACAACAAGGUAACACGAACUUGACGAGAUGGCCGUACGUCGACAAGAAACCACUGGACCUGUACCGGCUCAAAAAAGCCGUCGAGGCCCGCGGUGGGUUCGAGAAGGUGUGCAAGCUGAAGAAGUGGGCAGAGAUUGGUCGUGACCUGGGGUACAGUGGCAAAAUAAUGUCGUCUCUGUCCACCUCACUCAAGAACUCGUAUCAGAAGUGGCUCUGCCCCUAUGAGGAAUACUUACGGACCGCCAAACCUGGCGUCUACCAGCAGCUAGAGCUGGAGUAUGGCGGCCCUCUAACUCCCAGCCCAGCCCAGAGCCCGAUGAAGCGGUCAAAUGUCAACACGCCCUUAAGUCUCCGUGCCGAGUCGCCGGCCAGACAUGCGACAGACGCGCUACAGGCGACCAUGAACGGCCACAAGGAGACUGACCAAGACGUCCAAAUGUCCGACAUGCCCGCAGCUAGCACACCACAGGUCUCAUCAGGCUUCACGGCGACCAACUCGGGAGGCUUCACUGCCGUCAAUUCCGGCUUUACGAGUAUCAACCGACCCCAAAACGUGGCUUCGGAGAACAAGAGUCUCUCCACACCAAAACAGUACAGCACGCCGCUCGCGUCCUCAAAAAACACACCAGAAUACCGACCUUCAUCCCUUGGCCCUGCCGGACUCAAGCGACAACUUAGUUGCGACGAUGUGGAGAAGGACUCGCCCUGUGACAAGGACGAUGUUGAUGGCAGCCGAAGAAGCAGCAAACGGCUGAAGAAGGGUAAUGUUCCCACUGUAGCAGGUUCGCACAUGUCACUCUUUCGUCCAUCGGCUCCUAGGAUACCCCGAGAUGAGGCUCUGGGCUCGGGCGAGACCUGCGGCAAAGGUCACGAGACUGAUGGCUUCCUGCUCGUUUGCGAGUCCUGCGAGCAUGCUUACCAUGGCACUUGCCUUGACCCGCCAGUUAAAGUCAAGCCGGAGACAGAAUGGAACUGCCCCCGCUGUCUUGUUGGCGACGGCCAGUUUGGCUUCGAGGAAGGUGGACUAUACUCGCUAAAACAGUUCCAAGAGAAGGCGGCCAACUUUAAGCAAGGUUACUUCGAGAAGAAGAUGCCCUUUGACCCUGUCCUCAACUGCCAUCGACCAGUUACCGAAGAUGACGUCGAACAGGAGUUCUGGCGCCUAGUUGCCGACUUGGAGGAGACGGUGGAAGUCGAAUAUGGUGCUGAUAUCCAUUGCACAACCCACGGCUCUGGAUUUCCGACCAUCGAGAAGAACCCCACCGACCCCUAUUCGACCGAUCCCUGGAACCUGAACCUUUUACCCCUGCAUCCAGAAAGUCUCUUCCGCCAUAUCAAGUCUGACAUCUCCGGCAUGACAGUUCCGUGGGUUUACGUCGGCAUGAUUUUCUCCACUUUCUGUUGGCAUAAUGAGGACCAUUACGCGUAUUCGGCCAACUAUCAACACUUCGGAGCCACCAAGACUUGGUACGGGAUCCCCGGAGAUGAUGCCGAGAAGUUUGAGAAUGCAAUGAGGGAGGCCGUCCCGGAGCUUUUCGAGACGCAGCCAGACCUUCUGUUCCAGCUUGUUACUCUUUUGACCCCGGAUCAGCUGAAGAAGGCCGGUGUUCGAGUAUAUGCGCUUGAUCAACGUGCAGGACAGCUCGUCAUCACCUUCCCGCAAGCCUACCACGCCGGCUUCAAUCAUGGAUUCAACUUCAAUGAGGCCGUGAACUUUGCUCCCAGCGACUGGGAGCCCUAUGGGCUAGCAGGUGUCGAAAGGUUGCAGGCCUUCCGUCGGCAACCGUGUUUCUCGCAUGAUGAGCUCCUGUGGACCGCGGCGGAAGGUAUCACCAACGGGGGACUGACGAUCCAGACCGCCAAGUGGCUGGCUCCUGCGUUGGCUAGAAUACACGAACGGGAACUCGACCAAAGACAGGUAUUCACAGGCAAGCAUGAGUUCAUCGCCAAACGGCUCGAAUCAAAGCACCCGGUUGAGCAUCAUCGCUGUGUCUUCAACGGAGAGAACGACCCCGAAUGCCCGCUCGUCUUCAAGAUCGAGGACGUUGAUGUUCCCGAGGAAGAGUCCUCGUGCUUUUAUUGCAAGGCUUUUACGUACUUGUCGAGAUUUGUUUGCCAGAAAACCGGCAAGGUUUUAUGUCUCCUGCAUGCUGGCAGCCACCCAUGUUGCGAUUAUAGCGACUCUGAGCGCUACCUCGGCAAGGACCACGUCUUGUACUACCGCAAGACGGACGAACUCAUGGCCGCGACGUACAAGAAGGUGGCCGACCGCGCCAAUGUCCCAGAAGCAUGGGAGGAGAAGUACGAGAAACUCCUGGACGAGGAAGCCAAACCUUCUUUGAAGUCUCUGCGGGCUGUGCUCAGCGAAGGUGAGAAGAUCCCAUACGAACUGCCUUCACUCCCAACCCUCCGAGCCUUUGUUGAGCGGUGCAAUACUUGGGUUGAGGAGGCAACCAACUACACAGUUCGGAAGCAACAGAACCGGCGCAAGAAUGAGAAGGCCUGGCAAAUCGGGACAAGGAAGUCAAUCGGCAGUUCUUACCAGGACUCGAAAGAGCGAGAGAUGCGCAAUGUCGCCAACAUCUACCGUCUCCUAGACGAGGCUGAAAGGAUUGGCUUCGACUGUCCGGAGAUACUCCAAUUGCAAGAACGCGCUGAUGCGAUCAAGACUUUCCAGCAUGACGCGGUCCGUCUCCUCGAGUUUACCACAGACCAUGAUAUUGAGCGGGUCGAGAAACUUCUUGAAGAGGGGCAGAGCUUCAACGUGGACAUUCCCGAGGUGGAGAAGCUGUCGCGUCUUUUGGAGCGAGAGCAAUGGAAUGCUAGAGCCCGGGAUAGCAUUGGAACCAGCAUGACACUGAACGAUGUUCGUCUUCUUCUUGAGGAAGGUCAACGCCUUGAAAUCCCGCCAUAUAACGACCAACUGAACCACUUUUCGGAGAAGCUUGCUGCCGGUCACCUGUGGGAGAAGACGGCACAGGACCUCAUCAAUGCCGAGGUGGUUCACUAUCCCCAACUGCAAGCCCUUGCGGAUCAAGUCCGUGAAAACGCCUUGCCCGUCACACCGGAGACACUGGCUGCCGUGGAACAGAAGCUUCACAAGCAGCGCGAGGCUGCAAGACAGAUAGAGGAUCUGAAUAGGCGCCUCAACAGCCCCGACUAUCGACAACGGCCAAAGUAUGGCGAGAUGGCUGACGUGAUGAAGAAGAUAGAGGAACUUCAAGCCAAGCCAUCUGGCAUCCAUGAGCUCGAGAAGGAACAGAAGCGGCACGAGGACUGGAUGAGAAAAGGCAAGAAGCUGUUUGGGAAGACUAACGCUCCUUUGCACAUUCUCAAGUCGCACAUGGAGUACGUUCUUGACCGUAACGUGGACUGUUUCGACUUUGUUCACGACAAGCCCCGUGUCCCCGCUGAGCCCCAAUCGAGAGAGCCAAGUCCGUCAGAAAGGGAGAAGACAAAUCGGUGGGACGAUCCCAAAUUCCGGGAGGUCUUUUGCAUCUGCCGCCGUACCGAGGCUGGCAUGAUGAUUGAAUGCGAGCUUUGCCAUGAAUGGUAUCACGGCAAGUGUCUCAAGAUCGCGCGUGGCAAGGUCAAGGAAGAUGACAAGUACACUUGUCCAAUUUGCGACUGGCGUGUCAAGAUUCCACGCGAUGCCGCUCGUCCCAAACUUGAAGAUUUGGUUCAGUGGUAUGAGGAGAUUGUUAGCCUCCCAUUCCGGCCAGACGAGGAAGAGGUCUUGAAGAAGAUCAUCGACAACGCCCAGAACUUCCGCAACCACAUCGCUGGCUUUUGCAGCCCCGUGGUCUCGACAGCGUCCGAGGCAGAGACACAGCGCUUUUACCUACGCAAGAUUGAGGGUGCCGAGAUCCUCCUGGCGUACGAGACCAACUUCUUCCGACAAGAACUUCACAAGUGGUGCCCUGUUGCCCCGGAGCCUCCCCCGGUACUUGAGUCUUCUAAGAGCACACGCAAGCCCAGGCCAACCAAACUGAUGAAGCUUCUCCUUCAAUACGGAGUGGAUGAUGCAGACGAUUUACCCGAGAGCGUGAAAGGCAAGGCCAACAGCCUCAAGCGCAAGGCCCAGAAUGCCGAAGCUGCUGCGGCUGCUGCCGCCGGCGGAGGUGCUUUGGCCGCAAGUCCCAGUUACAGAGCGCCAGGCCACCCAUUAUAUUCUCGCAACUCGUCCGCUCAACCGUCAACCCCUGGUCUCUCGAUGCCGCCCAACCACCAUCCUUCAUCAUCCCACAGCGCCGGCCUGGACUCGUCCUCUCAUCCGAAUCACUCUUCCUACUUUCUCCCAACAGGGCCCCACCUCCUGUUGAGCGACAGCUCUACGCAGCACUUUGAGCAGCGUCUGAUCGAGGGCAAGGUCGAUGACCGGGAACUGAACGAGCAUCUCUCCACCGAUGAGGGGAGAACGAGGAUUAUGGAGAUCUUGUCUCGGACCGAGACCGGCAAGCAACGUGCCAAGGACCUGUUUGGUCCCAAAAUCUGGGGUCCUACGGCUGCUGCCAACGCUGGCUCGUCAGGUCCUCGGGAUAACGAUCCCCUUGGCAUCGGUAUGGGAGGAGACGGCGAUGGGGACGACAGCAUGUUUGUUGAUCUGGUCAAUGAGGAUGACGACGAGGAUAAGAAAGCCGCCGUCGAUCAUGCCCACCAUGAUGCGGAUAUUCACAUGGAAGACGACCAUGGAGGCGAGGCUGCUUCACUCAUAGAACUGGGGCAGUAG